CCGUACUUAUCCUCUGGUUGGUGUGUCCGGCUGACAUGGCACCUUCAGUCAUUACCAAGAUACGAGAGAAACUCAGACCGAAGGGUGAUCGCAACGCCCUCAAAAUUCGCAGGCGACGGAAGCUGACGGGAAUGCUAUGGAGAAGUCUACCCAUAAUAAUUCUUGUAUUACUCUUUGUUGGGCAUCUAUGGCUACUGCUCAUCCCUCUGCCGCUGUUAGGCCAAAAGACAUACAUUGACGAGAAUGCUCUGCAGCCGGGGCAGGUCAAUACAUACUUCAAUUGGGAAGACGUUCACCAUGCAGAUCAAUACCUGGCUGAACUAGAGCGCUUGCGCGAUCAAAAUGCUACAAGCGAGGAAAUAUCUGGAUAUUUAGUCGGAGAGUUUGAGAAAAUGGGAUUGCCUGCGGCCAGUCAGAGGUAUCUAUUCUCGACAGCAUCCUCUCACGCCAGUGGCUCCAACUCAUACGCUCUACUAUCGUCUCCGCGCGCUUCUGGUACUGAAGCAGUGGUGAUCAGCGCCUCAUGGCUCAGUAGGACCGGAGAGGGCAAUGGAACACUGAACCUGCGAGGGGUCGCUUCUGUCUUGUCCUUAGCAUCUUUCCUCAAAGGACACUCUUUGUGGGCCAAGGAUCUGAUCUUUGUCAUCAGUGACGGUUAUUUGGAAGGGAUGCAGGCGUGGAUCAGUGCCUACCAUGGCGCUGAGCAAUCUAACCUAUUUGCGGAACCAUUGAGGUUGUCAUCAGGCGUCAUCUGGACCGCUCUGAACAUAGACUACCCCGGUCAUUCGUUCUCGCAUCUUGGCGUCUUCUUUGAGGGCCUUAAUGGUCGUCUUCCCAACCAGGAUUUGAUCAAUUCCUUCCAGUUGAUAUCCCGCUUUACCGGUGGCGUUCCAGUUUUUGUAUACGACCACUCAGACUCCCGCGAGCUUCCGGUUUGGCUUCCUGGCGUCCUCGAGCAUGUGAACGGCAUCAAUGAAUACGCAUACAGAGCGAAAAAUAUCUUGCGACAUGUGGGUUACCAAGCACGCGGCAAAGCGAGCGGUGUUCAUGGGCUGUUACAUCAAUUCCGCAUCGACGCCAUCACACUUUUUGCAGUGCCCGCCGCUGGUCCUCAUGGCUUUCAUGCUUUUGGUCGGGUCAUGGAGUCUACACUACGGACGACAAACAAUCUACUCGAACGUUUGCACGCAUCGUUCUUCUUCUACCUAUUGGUCGGCACGGAAACAUUCCUGAAGAUCGGGAGCUAUCUACCCAGCGCUAUCAUCAUCGGUAUAGCAAUGCUUUUCACGGGCUUAAAUGAAUGGGUUACCGCAGGAUCAAUUUGGACGCCGGAGCAACUCGGAGAAAAAGCCACGGAUGCUGCUGCGCCAAGUGGACAAGGUCAAUGGACGCGAAGACGGAGACCUGUGUUACCGGCUCUAGCUGUCAUUAUUGCCACGCAUCUCGCUGGUAUAUUGACAUUCUUUACCAUCACAAGGCCAUUCUUCCUGAGCUACCAAACGGCAUCAUCGCUGGCAAUGUUUGCGUUUGCGUAUACUGUUCCGGUGAUCAGUUCGCGCACGAUCGACACUGGGCGCGACGAGGUUGCGCCACUUGCUACAGUGCUGAAAGCAUUCAAUUUGUGUAUCGCAUCUGUUGUCACAUCCGGUAUAUCCAUCCUAAACUUCUCCCUGGCAGCGGUACUUGCGGUCGCAUUGGGUUUUCCGUUAUGCUAUUCCUCAAAAUCCUCUCGUUCUGCCGCUAGGAUUAUCCGUUAUACCUUUUACAGCCUCCUCGCUUUCGGAUGGUUGUUCGUACCGGAACAAGUACGACAAGCUGUCGCCGACUGGGAACUGCUAGGCGUUUGGUUUGCACCGUUUGUAUGUAUAGUGUACGUGCCACUCAUGCUUCAGGGAGCAGUGGUCACCCUGUUGGCGCAGUAG